UCCUACCCUCCGCCGGGUCUCCGGAGUCGCCACAGCCGCCGGCGCUGGUAAGGUGGAAACCGGGGCGUUCGUUGACGUAUUGCUGGGCAGGCUCCUUUGGUUCCUACGGGACCCUGGCGGCAGCCGGCCGGCCUGGAGAUUCAGGGGACCACUCGAGCCUGGGGCGGGCGACUCUGUGGGCGGAUCCGGGGUCGAGCCCUCUCGGCGAAGGGUGUGGUUCUGGCCCGGCCCUGCCUGUGGGGCUGCCCUUCGCUCCGCGGAGAGUCUGGUCAGUGUCCGCGGAGCAGCUUUUCAAAAUGUCCAACACAGAAUCUUGCGGAAAAAGAGAGAAGUCUCAGAGAAAAGACACCACCUCAUUACCCAGCUUUGAUGAAGAAGAAAAGAAAGUUAAAAAAAUCUCAGCAAGUUCUACUAGCUCAUCUUGCUCUGUAAGAUCCAUUUCAUCAGAUAAAAGAAAACUGAAAUCAGAUCAUAUAGACAUUCUGAACUGUAAUACAAAAAGAAGACAAGAAUUGAAAAGACUGAAUGUAGACACUGAAACUCCAAGAAAGAGACCGAAACUCAGUUCAUCGUCCCAAGGACCUGUGAAACUUCAAGAAGCAUCAUAUUCAAAUGAUAAUCAAAUUAUUUCACAAAGUUCUUCUUCAAAUGGAACUAAAAAUGAUAUAAAUAAAUGUGUAGAUUUUAAAGGUAAAGACAUUAAAUUGACAAAUGUUGACCAUGGAAUUAAAAGCCUUAGCAAUCUUAAAAUUGCCAAAGAUGUGAAAGCUAAAGCUGCAGGCCAGGCAAAUGAGAAAACAUGGCCUCGUGUGCUUGCUCAGAGGGAGAAGAUGAAAGAGGUCAAGAAAGAAAGGCACAAUAAAUAUAGAGAGAGUUCUGAAAAAUGUGUUCUGGAAAAAUGCAAGAGAAUCCAAUUUCCUCAGGAUUAUAAUUCCAACAAGAUAUUUAAGGAACCCCUCGAAUCUAGAAGAAAAAAGAUAAGUUUCAAAAUCCCAGUAAAAUCUCAUGCUAUCCACCAGAAGCCUGUAGAAGACAAUGUUUUCCUUUUGGAUUCCAGCAAGUCAAAGACUAAACAGAAGAAAAAAGGGCGCCUGGAAAACUUUCAGGUUUCUUUAAAUUUGAUGAGGCACAAAAAUAAACAUUUGUUUUCAGAUUCCACUUAUAAACAGACUGUUCAUGAAUGGAAAGGAAAAUACCAUCAUGAGCAUCGAGAAAGUAAUGAUUCAAGGUCUAAUGAAAACCUGACCCAGAAUUUUGAAGCACGAUGUUCUUCUGUGUCAUAUGAAAGUAUUCCAGAUACAGAUCAAGAGAUGCAGAUAGUAGAAGAGCUUCAUGCUGCACGCGUCGGGAAGAGUGUGGACUUGCCUGUGGUUCCUCCUGCUGGAGAGUUGGCGAGUAUGGAGAUUGACUUGGUAGAAGAUGAUGUGCAUUCCUCUGCUGCAAAUACUGCUUCAGACAAACAACUUCUGAUUGUUAUUGAUACAAAUAUUCUGAUGAAUCAUCUCAAAUUUGUUAGAAUUUUGAAGACAACAGAAGUCCCAGGCUUUGACAAACUUGUAUUAAUAAUUCCCUGGAUUGUUGUACAAGAGCUGGAUCGUAUGAAGGCAGGAAAACUACUGAAAUAUGCCCAGCACAAAGCUGUACCUGCAGUUCGCUUCAUCAAUGACAGUCUCAAAAGUCAAGAUAGAAACUUAUGGGGUCAGUCAAUACAACUUGCAUCUCAAAAACUCUAUGGAUUCAGUGAUGAGAACAAUGAUGAUCGAGUAUUAAAAUGCUGUCUUCAGUACCAGGAAUUAUUCCCUAGUUCUCUUGUUAUUCUGUGCACGGAUGAUAGAAAUUUAAGAAACAAAGGCCUAAUAAGUGGUGUGAAGUCACUCAGUAAAGAAGAAUUGAGUACAGAGUUCUUAAAUGUAUCUCUGAACACAGCUGUAUGUCAUCAGCCUUGUGUAUCUAAGCAACAAGUGAAAGCAGAGCAAACACCUUUGGGAGAGAGUAAAGAGGAGGAACCUACAAAUUCUGGACUGCUCAUUCUACUUGAAGGCAUAGUGUCUGAUCUUGAAAAAUGUCUUGGAACAGCUUUAUCUUCAAUAUUAGAGACAGAAAUGAAAAUUGCUUUUGGAAACCUCUGGAUGGAGAUGCUGUACUUGAAACCACCAUGGACUCUAAUGCAUUUAAUACAGUGCUUUAGAAAACAUUGGAUGGCUGUAUUUGGAUUAAUUAUGGAAAAGAACAUGCUUUUAACCAUUGAGAGCUUAUAUGACAAUCUGUCUAAAGCAAACAGUGCAGUAGAUUUUACAACAGUGAAAUUCCUGCUCCAGGAUUCUCAAAGCCUGUUACAUGCUUUCAGUACAAGGUCAAAUUAUGAUGGUGUUCUUCCACAGGCCUUUGCUCAAGUAAACAAACUACUCCAAACAUUCACAGAGGUCAAGGCAAAACGUAAUCAAAGUCCUUCAGAAAAUACAGCAGGUAAAAAGCAAGAAGAUACUUCUCCAAUGAAGUCUGACAACCAAGAAAUCACCAUUUUCUCAGGCUCUCAUCUUCCCCAACCCAACAAGCAUCAAGAAAUCUGGUCUGUCUUAGAGAGUGUUUGGAUUACAAUAUAUGAGAACAGCACAGACGUGUUUCAAAGGUUGGCCUCAAAUUCAGCUCAGACUUCCUCAAAAAUACAGUCAUUUGAAGAAGCAUUUAUAUAUCUUCAAAAGUUAAUGGGAGCUGUGAAGAAUAUUCUUGAAGGAAUUCAGAGGAUUUUGGCUCCCAACAGUAAUUAUCAAGAUGUUGAGACCCUCUAUAACUUCCUAAUCAAACAUGAGGUAAAUAAAAGUGUCAAAUUUACUGCCCAGGAACUUUAUGAUUGUGUUUCACAGACUGAGUAUCGGGAAAAGUUAACCAUCGGCUGCCGCCAGCUGGUUGAGAUGGAGUGUGCCAUGCAGCAAUGCAAUGCAUCUGUGUAUAUGGAGGCCAAGAACAGGGGAUGGUGUGAAGACAUGCUCAACAGUAGGGACUGAGUCUGAUUGGUAACUUGAAAGGAUUGCAUUUGUCCUGAAGAACAAGAGUAGCUUUCAACCUUUAGAGCCAAACCCAAGAGACUUGUAAGAAAUGUCUCAUUUGUAUAAAAAGGUGAUUGCUUGUUACUGACAGUCUCAUUGAGGUUCUAUGAAAAGCCUAAUGCAUCCCUUAUGGGAAAAACUGUGAACUCAACUCUGCUGAAGUUGACAAUACCUCCCUACCUCUACUCCUGUUACUGAGCCAGUAUGUUUAAGGGAAGGGGAGUUUGUUUUAUUUUAGUCACCUUUGGGCAGGAGCCACUGUGGCAUCUGAGGAAGCACAGCAUUAGCAUCUCUCAACCCUGAAUAUGGUUAUGGGACCGGUAGGACCUGACCAUGCUCACAUUCCAUGAAUAAAAUCUUAUCCCGGGUUGUUUUUGAUCAGUAUCUUCCCUGUAGACCUGGUGAAUAGAAUGCACAUCCCUUCCACUUCCCCAAGGUAGUGAAAAUAGAAUUUUUGCUUCAGCUCCAACUUGCAAUAGCAGCCUUUCUUCUGCCCUAGGCGUGUCACUUUCCAGUGCAUUUCUAGUGGGAAGAGCAGGGAGAUCCCUAUGCAGUUCCCCUUACAUGUGAAGCAGCAUGAAUUUUUGGGAUUAGGUGGCAGUGACCGAAGUUUCCCCUAGCUAAACCAAGUGUUUAAUUGACAUAUUUCUUAUUUAGUUAUAUGAGUUGGAAGUCCUUGUUUCUAGAGUAUAUUAUGCUUUUGUUAGUACAUUAGAUUAAAUCUAAUUUGGUAUUCUAUUAUAAGGGUUAAUUAAUUUUUUUAAAAACUAAGUUAUUUUUUAGUAAGAUUUAACUUUUCACUUUACUUCCAAAUUAUAUUUCUGAACUGUGUACAAGGUAUAAUUAUAAAUGUCAUCCUCUCCAAUAAAAGAGAACCUAGCCAGUCUGCUCACUAGCAGUCUGUGCAGGACCCACUGAGCUGUUUGCAUACAAAGCCACACCUCCACCGGGGGCUCAGAGUGCAGCUUUGAACCUGAGGGAAGCCUCUGCUCCCUGAGGAGCCAAAACAUCCCUUCCCUUGGACCAAAAGAACUUUUCAGGUCUUUAUCCCUUAGCUGCUUCUGGUUGUUACUGUUGGGUCUCAGCUCUGCUUUGUUACUACCCUCUCUUUCCUUUGUAUCUUUUUAAUAUAUGUUAUGCAUUUCAGAACAUUUCUUUUUACUC